AUGGCUGCACUGAGUUGUCUUUUGGACAGUGUUAGAAGGGACAUCAAGAAGGUGGACAGAGAACUGAGGCAGCUGAGAUGUAUCGACGAGCUCAGCGCUCGGUGCCUGUGCGACCUGUACAUGCACCCCUACUGCUGCUGCGACCUGCACCCCUACCCCUACUGCCUGUGCUACUCAAAGCGGUCACGCUCCUGCGGCCUGUGCGACCUCUACCCGUGCUGCCUGUGUGACGUUAAGCUUUACUGUCUCCGCCCGUCUCUCAGAAGUUUGGAGAGGAAAGCCAUUCGAGCCAUAGAGGACGAGAAGAGAGAGCUCGCCAAACUGAGAAGAACAACAAAUAGAAUUCUGGCCUCCUCUUGCUGCAGUAGUAACAUUUUAGGAUCGGUGAACGUGUGCGGCUUCGAACCGGAUCAAGUCAAGGUUCGCGUGAAGGACGGAAAGGUGUGUGUGUCGGCCGAGCGCGAGAACAGAUACGACUGCCUGGGGUCGAAGAAAUACAGCUACAUGAACAUCUGCAAAGAGUUCAGCUUGCCCCCGUGCGUGGACGAGAAGGACGUGACGUAUUCCUACGGGCUCGGCAGCUGCGUCAAGAUCGAGUCUCCCUGCUACCCUUGCACGUCUCCCUGUAACCCCUGCAGCCCCUGCAGCCCCUGCAACCCCUGCAGCCCCUGCAACCCCUGCAACCCCUGUAACCCCUGUGACCCCUGUAACCCCUGUUAUCCUUGUGGGAGCCGGUUUUCCUGUAGGAAGAUGAUCUUGUAA